GCCCAGCUUUUAUGUCUCAUUCUGGAUAAUUGAGCAGAGGUGCAUAUGGCAGUCCUAACAGAGAGGAAGGAAAGAUGGGUGUAAUAUUAGAAGGCAUGAAUCUAGGCAGGACCCUAGACCAUACUUACCUUCUUUACUUAUUGUGAGCCUUCAUAACUGUGAGAUCUAUAACUGGGCUUCUCAUGUGCUUGGCCUGUGGAUGGUGUUAUUUCUAGUUUUCUGUUUACCUUUCUGGAGUCUGAGAUCACAAAAGGAUACAAAUAAAGCCUGCAUUUUGAAAAUACCUAUUUUUAACUUAUUAACUGGGAACUUUGAGAAAAGUUAUUACAGAAUAAUUAGUAAAAAAUCACCUUCAUUUGGAUUCUGCUUUUGGUUAUGUAGGUCACACAGCCUAAGGCAGUGGGAGGGUCUAGGUGUCACCAGUGUGGCAGUCAGACGCAGUGACUGUGCUGCCUGUGAUUUCCUGUCUGUACCCUGACUGUAAUUAAACCAGCACCAGUACCUGUCAUUGGGGCACCAGCUACACAUCUGAGUAUACAUGAGUAGAGCUGAACAUCCAGAAUAUUGAUGCUUUUUAUUCCAUGCCUGGAGGUUUAGUUCUUUUUUAUUAAUACAAGAUGGAGACUGAAAGUGAGAGUAGCACUUCAGGGGAUGACAGUGUCUUCUGGUUGGAGUCUGAAGUUAUAACCCAGGUGACUGACUGUGAAGAGGGAGAAAGGGAAGAAAAGUUCAGGAAGAUGAAGUCCUCAGUACAUUCUGAAGAAGAUGAUUUUGUUCCAGAGCUACAUAGAAAUGUACACCCUCGAGAGCGGCCUGAUUGGGAAGAAACUCUUAGUGCAAUGGCAAGAGGCGCAGAUGUUCCUGAGAUUCCUGGAGAUCUUACUCUUAAGACGUGUGGCAGUACAGCCAGUAUGAAGGUUAAGCAUGUGAAAAAGUCCACCACUCCAGGACUGAUGGGCUGUGACAACAUUCACAGAUUACCCUUCACUAAAGGUCACUUUCCAAAGAUGGCUGAAUGUGCGCAUUUCCAUUAUGAGAAUGUUGAGUUUGGCAGCAUACAGCUUUCACUUUCAGAAGAACAGAAUGAAGUAAUGAAAAAUGGCUGUGAAUCUAAAGAGCUGGUCUACCUCGUGCAGAUUGCUUGUCAGGGAAAAAGUUGGAUUGUUAAAAGAAGUUAUGAAGAUUUUAGGGUACUUGAUAAACAUCUUCAUCUAUGUAUUUAUGACCGAAGAUUUUCCCAGCUCUCAGAACUUCCCCGUUCUGACACCCUAAAGGACAGUCCAGAGUCGGUCACUCAGAUGCUUAUGGCUUACCUGUCACGCCUUUCAGCUAUUGCUGGCAACAAGAUCAACUGUGGGCCUGCCCUUACCUGGAUGGAGAUUGAUAAUAAGGGAAAUCACCUUUUGGUUCAUGAGGAGUCAUCCAUCAACACUCCUGCUGUUGGUGCUGCCCAUGUUAUCAAGAGGUACACUGCCCGGGCCCCUGAUGAAUUGACCUUAGAGGUGGGAGACAUUGUUUCUGUUAUUGACAUGCCCCCAAAAGUGUUAAGCACAUGGUGGAGAGGCAAGCAUGGAUUCCAGGUGGGACUCUUCCCUGGACACUGUGUUGAGUUAAUUAACCAAAAAGUACCCCAAUCAGUGACCAACUCAGUGCCAAAACCAGUGUCUAAAAAGCACGGCAAGCUCAUUACUUUCUUACGAACAUUCAUGAAGUCUCGUCCAACGAAACAGAAGCUGAAGCAGCGGGGAAUCUUGAAAGAGAGGGUGUUUGGUUGUGACCUGGGGGAGCACCUUCUAAAUUCCGGUUUUGAAGUACCCCAGGUUCUUCAAAGCUGCACAGCAUUCAUUGAGAGAUAUGGCAUUGUGGAUGGAAUAUAUCGCCUUUCUGGUGUUGCCUCCAAUAUCCAGAGACUACGCCAUGAAUUUGACUCUGAGCAUGUCCCCGACCUGACGAAAGAACCAUAUGUUCAGGACAUCCAUUCUGUGGGCUCCCUAUGUAAGCUGUACUUCCGGGAACUCCCAAACCCCCUGCUUACCUACCAGCUGUAUGAGAAAUUUUCUGAUGCAGUUUCAGCAGCAACAGAUGAAGAAAGGCUGAUAAAAAUCCACGAUGUCAUCCAGCAGCUCCCGCCACCACACUACAGAACACUGGAGUUCCUGAUGAGACACUUGUCUCUUCUAGCUGACUAUUGUUCCAUCACAAAUAUGCAUGCAAAAAAUCUAGCAAUUGUUUGGGCUCCAAACCUGUUAAGAUCAAAACAGAUAGAAUCUGCCUGCUUCAGUGGAACAGCAGCUUUCAUGGAAGUGAGAAUUCAGUCUGUGGUUGUCGAGUUCAUCCUGAAUCACGUUGAUGUGCUCUUCAGUGGCAAAAUCAGCAUGGUCAUGCAAGAAGGGGCAGCUUCUCUAUCAAGGCCCAAGUCCCUCCUGGUAUCCUCUCCAUCCACCAAGCUGCUGACAUUGGAAGAGGCCCAGGCACGAACACAAGCUCAGGUCAAUUCUCCAAUCGUGACAGAAAAUAAAUAUAUCGAAGUAGGAGAAGGACCUGCUGCACUUCAGGGAAAAUUUCAUACCAUAAUUGAGUUCCCACUUGAAAGAAAGAGACCUCAAAAUAAGAUGAAAAAAUCUCCUGUGGGUAGCUGGCGUUCAUUUUUCAACUUGGGAAAAUCAUCAUCCGUUUCUAAACGAAAGCUUCAGCGGAAUGAGAGUGAGCCUUCGGAGAUGAAAGCCAUGGCUCUGAAAGGUGGCAGGGCAGAAGGAACCCUCCGUUCAGCUAAAAGUGAGGAGUCUCUUACGUCUCUCCAUGCAGUUGAUGGUGAUUCUAAGCUCUUCCGCCCCAGAAGACCCAGAUCUUCCAGUGAUGCACUGUCUGCCUCUUUUAAUGGAGAAAUGCUGGGGAACCGCUGUAACUCCUAUGAUAACCUGCCUCAUGACAAUGAGAGUGAGGAGGAAGGAGGGUUGCUUCAUAUCCCAGCCCUUAUGUCUCCUCAUUCAGCUGAGGAUGUUGACUUGAGCCCACCGGACAUUGGAGUAGCCAGCCUGGAUUUUGAUCCAAUGUCAUUUCAAUGUAGUCCUCCUAAGGCUGAAUCAGAAUGUCUGGAGAGUGGUGCUUCCUUUUUAGAUUCACCAGGAUACUGCAAGGAUAGACCAAGUGCCAAUAAAAAGGAUGCAGAGACAGGUGGUAGCCAGUGUCAGACUCCAGGAAGCACAGCAAGCUCUGAACCUCUCUCUCCUCUUCAGGAGAAACUGAGUCCAUUCUUUACCCUGGACUUGAGUCCAACUGAAGAGAAAUCAUCUAAGCCAUCUUCCUUUACUGAAAAGGUCGUCUAUGCUUUCUCUCCGAAGAUAGGACGGAAAUUAAGCAAAUCACCUUCUAUGAGCAUAUCUGAGCCAAUUUCAGUGACCCUACCACCACGAGUGUCAGAAGUCAUUGGUACAGUCUCAAAUACCACAGCUCAGAAUACAUCAUCUUCUACCUGGGACAAAAGCGCUGAAGAAAGGGAUGUCACAAAUAGAUCCCCCACCCAGAUAGUAAAGAUGAAAACAAAUGAGACAGAGGCCCAAGAAGGAUGUGAAUCUGAAGUCCAGCCCCUGGACCAGGUGGCUGCUGAAGAAGUAGAAUUGCCAGGGAAAGAGGAUCAGUCUGUCUCAAGCAGUCAGAGUAAGGCUGUAGCUUCUGGACAGACUCAGACAGGAGCAGUUACCCAUGACCCCCCUCAGGAUUCCGUUCCUGUCAGUUCAGUCUCUCUUAUCCCACCACCACCGCCUCCGAAAAAUGUUGCCCGAAUGUUGGCGCUAGCAUUAGCUGAGUCUGCACAGCAAGCCUCAACUCAGUCAUUGAAGAGACCAGGGACCUCUCAGGCUGGGUAUACAAAUUAUGGAGACAUAGCGGUGGCUACAACUGAAGAUGAUCUGCCCAGUUCUUACUCUGCUGUUACUCUUGAUAAGGCCUAUAUCCAAACCGAUCGACCAGCAGAGCAGUUCCACCUCCAGAAUAAUCCACCAGGAAACUGUGACCAUCCUCUCCCAGAGACAACAGCUAUUGGGGAUCCUACCCAUUCCAACACAACUGAAUCUGGGGAGCAACACCACCAAGUAGACUUAACAGGGAAUCAGCCACAUCGAACCUAUUUGUCUGGGGACCCAGAAAAGGCCAGAAUUACUUCAGUUACCUUAGACUCAGAGAAGUCUGAUGAUCAUGCAAGUUUCCCUGAAGACCAGGCUGGGAAGAACAGUAUACCAACUGUCUCCUUCAUGGAUCAGGAUCAGUCUCCACCUCAUUUCUACAAUGGAGAUCAGCCUCCUUCUUACCUUGGUGCAAGUGUGGAUAAACCCCAUCACCCUUCAGAAUUUGCAGACAAAUCUCCCACACCUCCUAAUUUACCUAGGGAUAAAAUCUUCCUUCCUUCUGGGUCCCUUGCAGACAAAUCACCCACACCUCCUAAUUUACCUAGAGAUAAAAUCUGCCAUCCUUCUGGGUCCCCCGAAGAGAAUACCAGCACAGCCAACAUGACUUACAUGACAGCUACUCCAGCAACAGCCCAAAUGAGCACCAAGGAAGCCAGCUGGGAUAUGGCUGAGCAACCCACCACUGCUGAUUUUGCUGCUGCCACCCUUCAGCGCACACACAGAACUAAUCGUCCGCUUCCCCCUCCACCUUCCCAGAGAUCUGCAGAGCAGCCACUAGUCGUGGGGCAGGUACAAGCAGCAACCAAUAUAGGAUUAAAUAAUUCCCACAAGGUUCAAGGAGUAGUUCCAGUUCCAGAGAGGCCACUUGAACCUCGAGCCAUGGAUGAUCCUGCAUCUGUCUUCAUCAGUGACGGUGGUGCAGCUGCUGCUCAGUGUCACAUGGCUACAGCUGUCCAGCCAGGCCUGCCUGAGAAAGUGCGGGACGGUGCACGGGCCCCACUGCUGCACCUGCGUGCCGAGUCUGUCUCUGCGCACCCCUGUGGCUUUCCUGCACCACUGCCCCCGACCAGGACGAUGGAGAAUAAGAUGACUGCUGCCAUACACUCCAGCAGUACAGAUGCCACCAGCAGUUCAAAUUAUCAUUCCUUUGUCACUGCUUCAUCCGCCUCUGUGGAUGAUGUGUUGCCUUUACCAGUUCCUGUCCCACAACCUAAGCAUGCUUCUCAGAAAACAGUUUACUCCUCCUUUGCUAGGCCUGAUGUCGCCGCUGAACCCUUUGGUCCAGAAAACUGUUUGCAUUUCAAUAUGACUCCAAGCUGCCAGUACCGUCCCCAGAGUGUACCUCCACAUCACAAUAAAUUGGAGCAGCACCAAGUAUAUGGUGCCAGGUCAGAGCCACCAGCCUCCAUGGGUCUUCGUUAUAACACAUACGUGGCCCCAGGAAGAAACGCAUCUGGACACCACUCCAAGCCAUGCAGCCGGAUCGAGUACGUGUCUUCUUUGAGCUCCUCUGUUAGGAAUGCCUGUUAUCCUGAAGACAUUCCGCCGUACCCUACCAUCCGGAGAGUGCAGUCUCUCCAUGCCCCGCCAUCUUCCAUGAUUCGCUCUGUUCCCAUUUCACGGACAGAAGUUCCCCCAGAUGAUGAGCCAGCCUACUGCCCAAGACCCCUGUACCAAUAUAAGCCAUAUCAGUCCUCCCAGGCCCGCUCAGAUUAUCAUGUAACUCAGCUUCAGCCUUACUUUGAGAAUGGCCGGGUCCACUACAGAUAUAGCCCAUAUUCUAGUUCUUCUAGUUCCUAUUACAGUCCAGAUGGGGCUCUGUGUGAUGUGGAUGCCUAUGGCACAGUCCAGUUGAGACCCCUUCACCGCCUUCCCAGUCGAGAUUUUGCUUUCUACAAUCCUAGACUGCAGGGAAAGAACUUGUACAGUUACGCUGGUUUGCCUCCACGUCCCCGGGCCAAUGCAACUGGCUAUUUCUCUCCCAACGACCAUAAUGUAGUCAACAUUCCUCCGGCUGCUGAUGUAAAGCACACCUACACCUCAUGGGAUCUUGAGGACAUGGAAAAAUAUCGCAUGCAGUCCAUCCGGAGAGAGAGCCGUGCUCGGCAGAAAGUGAAAGGGCCUGUCAUGUCUCAAUACGAUAAUAUGACCCCAGCUGUGCAGGAUGACUUGGGUGGGAUCUACGUCAUUCAUCUGCGGAGUAAAUCAGAUCCUGGGAAAACUGGACUUCUCUCAGUGGCAGAAGGAAAGGAGGGCCGCCACACAGCCAAGGCCAUCAGUCCCGAGGGAGAGGACCGCUUCUAUAGGAGGCAUCCUGAGGCAGAGUUGGAUAGAGCUCACCACCACGGAGGCCAUGGUAGCACGCAGCCGGAGAAGCCAUCCCUUCCUCAGAAGCAGAGCAGCCUGAGGAGCAGGAAGCUUCCCGACAUGGGCUGCAGUCUCCCUGAGCACAGGGCACACCAGGAAGCAAGCCAUAGGCAGUUCUGUGAGUCAAAAAAUGGGCCCCCGUAUCCCCAGGGAGCUGGCCAGUUAGAUUACGUUUCCAAAGGGAUUCCAGACACUUCUGAGCCAGUUGGCUACCAUAACUCUGGAGUAAAAUAUGCUGCAUCUGGGCAAGAAUCUUUAAGACUGAACCACAAAGAGGUGAGGCUCUCCAAAGAGAUGGAACGGCCUUGGGCUAGGCAGCCUUCUGCCCCAGAGAAACACUCCAGAGACUGCUACAAGGAGGAAGAACACCUCACUCAGUCAAUGGUCCCACCCCCUAAACCAGAGAGGAGUCAUAGCCUCAAACUCCAUCAUACCCAGAACGUGGAGAGGGACCCCAGUAUGCUGUACCAAUACCAACCACACGUCAAGCGUCAGAGCAGUGUGACUGUAGUGUCCCAGUAUGAUAACCUGGAGGAUUACCACUCCCUGCCUCAGCACCAGCGAGGAGUCUUUGGAGGGGGCAGCAUGGGGGGGACGUAUGUGCCUCCUGGCUUUCCUCAUCCACAGAGCAGGACCUAUGCUACGGCUUUGGGUCAAGGGGCCUUCCUGCCCACAGAGUUGUCCUUGCAGCAUCCUGAAACACAGAUCCAUGCAGAAUGAGCCCUGGGAGCAAUAGAGUUGAAGCAGCCUCUGCUGGACAGUGGACUGUUCUAUUUUUUUCAAUAAGCAAAAAGAUUAAAAAAACAAAAAAUACUAUAAAACUCCUGACAACAUUUAAAAAAGAUAAUAAAAGUAAACAAAUCA